AUGGCGUCGUGCCUGCUGAGCGCCGCGUGGCGUGGCCUCGGGGGCGCCUGCGUGCAGACGCGGAAGCUGGCCCGAGCCACCUGGGGAGGCGGGGCCCCACGGGUCUGCCGCGGGGUGGGGGUCGGGGUUCCUGCGGGGCCUUUGGGGGCGUGUCCAAGCCCGGAGUGGGGGCGGGGCGGGACCUGGAGAGCUCGAGCCUGUGAUGCCCCUGGGGCAGCCUCGUGCCUGCGCAGUGGCGGCCGCGGGGACCUCAGGGCGGAAGCUCACCCGACGCCAUCAUUUCCCUACGAGGUCGGCCCUGUCCAUGCCUCUGAGCGGCCGCAGUCUGCUGCAGAUCCUGACACUCCAAACUCAACCAUCUCCAGAGAGGCCAGCACCCAGUCUUCAUCAACUGUCACCAGCCAAGGCUAUGUUUUACCAGAAGGCAGAAUCAUGCCGAACACUGUUUUCGUUGGUGGAAUUGAUUUUAGGAUGGAUGAAACCGAAAUUAGAAGCUUCUUUGCUAGAUAUGGUUCAGUAAAAGAAGUGAAGAUAAUCACGGAUCGAACUGGUGUGUCCAAAGGCUAUGGAUUUGUUUCAUUUUAUAAUGACGUGGAUGUGCAGAAGAUAGUAGAAUCACAGGUAAAUUUCCAUGGUAAAAAGCUGAAACUGGGCCCUGCCAUCAGGAAACAAACUUUCUGUGCUUAUCAUGUGCAGCCACGUCCUUUGGUUUUUAAUCCUCCUCCUCCACCACAGUUGCAGAGCGUCUGGAGUAAUCCACACACGGAAGCUUACGUGCAGCCGCCACCCGUGAUGAGUCCUAUAACUCAGUAUGUUCAGGCUUAUCCUCCUUAUCCAAGUUCACCAGUUCAGGUUAUCACUGGAUAUCAGCUGCCUGUUUAUAAUUAUCAGAUGCCACCACAGUGGCCUGUUGGGGAACAAAGGAGUUAUGUUAUUUCUCCGGCUUAUACAGCUGUUAACUACCACUGUAAUGAAGUUGAUCCAGGAGUUGAAGUUUUGCCAAGUGAAUGCUCAGUUCAUGAAGCUACUGCAUCCUCUGGAAAUGGCCCACAAAAGAAAUCUGUGGACCGAAGCAUACAGACAGUGGUAUCUUGUCUGUUUAAUCCAGAGAACAGAUUGAGAAACUCCUUUGUUACUCAAGAUGACUACUUCAAGGAUAAACGAGUUCAUCACUUCAGAAGAAGUCGGGCAGUGCUUAAGUCUGUUUGA